AUGUCCACCAUGAUGAAGGGUGUUUCAGGUGAGUAACACAUAAAAUAACAUAGAUAAAUGCCAAAAUUGCUUUAACUAUUAUUUAAAUAUAAUACAGUAAAACUUCUAUAUAACGGUCACCGAAGGAAUCGAAAAUAAUGACCGUUACACGGAGGUGACUGUUAACGGAAGUUUUACUGUAAUAUAAAUGAAAUAUAUAAUACAAAAUGUAUGUGUAUAAUAUAUGAACUUGCGUAUUUUUAAAUAAUUUACUUAAAUUGAAUAUUUUUGUUAAAUAUUCAUUAACUAAAAUAAAAUAAAAAUAAAUGUGUAUUACUGUUUUACAUUAUAUAUUGUUUGUGUCUCUGUUCUGUCCAUGUAUUCAUAUUGUUAGUUUUUAUCUGGUUAAUUUCUUUAGCUCUACAUCUUCUAUUAUUUCAUUCAUAAUUUUAUGACAAAUUUUUUUUCUAGGUAAAAAAUAUUAUUCAAUGGUGCUUGUAUAGCAUUUGUAUAACACAUCCAUUGUUCUGUGUAAAAUUUAAUAAGAAAACAAUAGAUUUCCUUGACUACUAACUCUUCCCUUUAUAUUAAUUUAUAUUGUUUUUUAAACAUGAAUAUUUCUAGGCGAUGAAUAGGUUUUGCCAUCUACUCUAACAAGUGAAAAGUGCUAGGCUCUCAGAAAUGGAUACCUUUGGAGAUGUUCCUCUUAGAAAUAUUAUAAUUAAUUCUAUAAACUCUAUAAUCAUUUUUAAAUAAUUUCCCCACGAUUUUAUUUUCUGCAAAAAACAAUAUUUUCGGGAACCAUGAAUUUCAAUUUAUUAUUCACCACAUGGUCGGUUUUAAAAGUAGAAAAGAUUGAUUUAUCUAUACUUGACUAAUUUUUUGGAAUUUCUUAAAAGUAAGUUUAUCUGGACUAGAAAUAAUAGAGAGCUUUCUUUCAGAAAAGUCAUCUUUUAGGACAAUUUCGUACAUAUAAUGAUGAUAAGAUAAUUAUAAAAUUUGUCUAUUUAAUUUUUAUUCUAAAAGAACACAUUGUCUAUUUAAUCGGCUUGUAUUAGAAGCAACGGUGUCACCAAUGACUUGAAUUUUAUCUUACAAUGAUCAAUCAAUUCAUAUGUCAUCUACUGCAGAUGAGAUUUUGGUUCUCAUAGAUGAUGUGAUGUCACUUUACGAAAGUGUAUAACACAGGAUAGCGAAUAUGGCAGUUCAUUAUUAGUUAACUUAUUUAUUUGAUUUAUAAACCUAAUUUGAUUUUAUAAAUCAAAUUUUAAGCAUAUAGUUUUUGAUUCAACAUGAGUUAUACCUAAUUUUUAAAAUUUUUUCUAGUUAAUUUAAUUUUAAAUUCAUUUUAUAUGAUAGUAUAUCAUUGUAUCUUUAAUCCAAUUUUUUUUUUUUAAUAAAAGUAAAAGAAAUAAUGUUUUUUAUUACAUUAAAAUAGUUUAUAUUUUUCAUGUGGAAUGAUGGGUUAAAUAGGUUUUGUGUAUUAACAUUUUUCUCUUAUGUUAAAUGUGUUCAUUUUUAAAAUAACUGCAAGCACUUAAUGUAAUAGUUUCACUCUUCCUUGGCAGAAAAGAUUGAGUUUUCAGAUCCGGAUUUGUGUACAAUUAUUUUUUUCUUUUCAAUACAAAAAUUUGUUGAUUAGUUUGCAGAUUUUUAAUUUUUGAAGAAAAUGUCAAGCCUAUAAUAUAUAGAUGUGGAUCACCCUAAUAUAUAUAUAUUUUUAUUAUAAAGUUAUAUUUACUCACAUUAACUAUUUCUGUCUCACUAAGAACAACAUGGAUUUGUUUACUUCAAACAACAUACAUAAUUAAAAGUCCUAAUAAUAAAUAUCUCUUAUCAUUAUUUUGUUUAUAACCAUUUAACCAUUUAUCUCAUUAAUUUAUAAUUAAAUUCAAAAAAUUAUUAUUGUUAUUCUUGUUAUUGGUACUAUUAUUGUAUAAUAUUCAAACUACUAAUAACUAAUAACAUUUUUGUCUUAUAUAAUUAUUGUAUACUGAACUAUAUGUCCGUAAGUAAAUAGCAACAUAUUGUUUCUUAGAAUUGAACUAACAGUAUUUAGAUAACACAAUUUAAAUAUCAAAAUAAUUUCAAAAGCACCAUGUAGUUCUAUUUUCUAAAAUAUCAAAGUUAUAGCUAAUUAUUCACAAAAAAAAAAAAAUAAUAACACUGCUAUAUCUGUUUAAUUUGUUAACAUUUUUGAAAAAAUAUAUAUAUCAUAUAGUGCUUACUUAUAUUAAUUUAAUAUUUUCCAUACAAUUAACAUUUUGUGUUUAAUGAGGAUAAUUUAAAACAACUAUACUAUGACUAUCCUAAUAUAUUAUUUAUUUUACCAAUAUGUUUUAAAAAAUAUAUACUGAAAGUAAUUAAUGAUUCACUUCAUUUGAAUUCAUAUUUUGAUUACUGAAGUAAAGAAUAAUUAAUUGAAUUUUCUUUCAGAAAAUUUUACUGUAUUUAAUUUAUAGUAUUUUUAUGGGUCAUAAACUCAUUUUUACCAACUCGAUUUUAGCUAACUUUUUUUAUUAAUUUUGUUCUUUUAAGAUUUACUUAGAAAUCUAAACUUGUGUAAAUCAAAAUAUUUUAAAUAUUCAAUAUGUGCAUACUAUUUCUUUUUUUAAAAAAUAAAAAUGUAAAAAAAUAAAAAACAUGUUUUAAUGUGGAUAAUUAAAUUUUGUUUUACAGUUAAAAAAUCUUCAACAAAUAACAUCAAUAAACCCAUUUACAAACUGCCAUUUAAACACGGUAAGUAUAUUUGUAAACUAUUUUGUUGUUUAUAUUUUUCAUUACUAAAUCCAAAUUUUCCUGUCCACUUCUGUUAUUUAUUGUCCGAUACUUCAUUAAGCCUGAUUCUUACAUUAACAUGUUUAAAAAUAUAACCAGUAAACUCACAGUAAGUGACAAAUUUAACUGCUGGUUGGUACUGAAUGGAUAUUGUAAGAACGAGCCUUAAUGAUUCCAUGUCUCUGCAUAAUAUCUAUCCAGCUCAUAUGGUGUUUUACAUUUAAAAAUUAUUAUUUUUUAGGUUGGAAACGCGAAAUUGUACAACGGAAAGCAAUUGCAAAUAAAAAUAACAGGAGCGAUGUUUAUUAUUAUUCACCCGCCAAUAAGAAGUUCAGAUCUUUAAAACAAAUAAAAGAAGAAUUACCUAAAAACAGUGUUUUAAAAAUAAAACAUUUUUCUAUGAUACCUCAUCCAACAGGUGUUAAAGAUAAGAAAAAAGAAAUGACUCGCAAAGCGGAUAAAAAACCAUCAAAUGUAAUAUGACAUUUUUGAAAAAAUUUAUUAUUGAAUAUUGUUUAAUUUUGAUUUAUACGUUCUCGUAUUAUAAUAUGAUUUUAGUAUGCCAGUUUCCGCAAUGCAAUAUUCAAAAGUAAGCGGGUUACUGCAAAAGUGGGUGCAGCCACUUCUAGAGGUGAGAAAUUGGAAAGGUAGUAGAGAGCAAAUUUAUUGCAACAAUUAACUAUUGCUAGUGAAAAAACAAUUUUGAAUGGAUGAGUUUGGUUGAUAGUGUUGCUCUGUCAACAAUAUAUAUGCCAUAUUAUGGUAAAAUUAUUACCUAGGCAUUAUAUAUUCUCUUUAAUAAUAUACAUAUUGUACCUUUUUUUCCCGUUUUUCAUAUUUAUUAAGAAACUUUUGGGGAAAAUCAAAAGAAUUACCUUCUUAAAGUACCUUACCAGUAAAAUUAAUUUUUAGAAAAAUUGCUAUCAUAUUAAAUCAGGUCAAAAUUGCUGGUAGAAAUAUUGUUCACAAGAAAAAAAAAAAUCAGUAAUAUUUUUAUUAAUCAAUACAUACAUUUCGUUUAUUUUCCCAUUUUCCCUCCCUUUUUUUCUGAUUUUUCCAAUUUAUUGUGAAAACUCCUGGGAAAAUCAAAAAAUGAAUACCUUAAAUUCAUCUAAAUGAAAAAUUAAUAAAUUGAGAAAAAACCUAACAAACAAUUACAGAAAUUAUUCUUAACUUUAAGUUUGAUAAUAGCCAAUUCACUCUAAUAUUACAAAACAACAUAGAUUCUACCAAAUGAAAAGAAAAAUAAUGCUAUUAUCAACAUUAGCAUUACAAUAUUAUGUAUUUAAUUGUGAUAAAGCCUAUUGUACAUCUAUUAUUAUGUGGUUAUUUUUGCAAUAAUCACUCGUAUAUAAACAUUUGUUUUUUUUUAAUGGUUUUAACAUUGAACUUGCUGACAGUUUUCUAUUCCUAUAUUUACUAUUUUUGUUGUUCAUAAAGGGCGGAUUACAUUUCUUUAUUUCCUGAUGUAUGCACUUUUGAUCUUUUGAACAUAACUUGGCACAUUUCUAUAUACAACUGCAUCUCUAUUAGAAUAUGAAUAUUGGAUCUCUUGAACAAUUGUACAAUUUUAUUUACAUAAAAUGCUUUUAUUAAUAAUAUAACAUCUAUGCAUUUUAUUAAUUAUUUGCACUAUUACAAAAAUGUUCUGCAAAAAUGUUUUUUUAAAAUUGAAAAAUUAAAUUAAAUUUAUUUUAUUUUGUUUUAGAUAAUUUGACACCUUUAAAGACAACUACACCUACAUCAGAAUAUAUGCCUAAAAAAAGGACAGCAACUAAACUGACAGUUUCUCAACCAAAACGAAAAACCAAAAUGAAAAAUUCUACAAAUGUUAAACAAAGGUACCAUAUACAUUUUAUUUAAUAUCUUUGUUGUUUGAAACAUUUUUUGUUUAGUAGUUUUUAAAUUAGGUUCACAAUUUUAAUGUUAAAUUAUGGUGUUUUUAUCCCAAUGGGUCAAGAUUUUCAAUUCUAAGUUAUGUUUUCUACGCAGUCUCUGGAGUACCUAAAGUCAUCUUUUACCUUUACUUCUUUCUCUAUUUAUAAAUAGUGCUCACAAUUUUUUUCAAAGCUCUAACAUUUUAUGCUUUGGCAAUGAUAUGAAACUUUAUUUCAAAAUUAAGUCAAUUGACUACUAUUUACUGCUGUUUUCUCUUCAUACUACCAACUAUCUUAGUAAUGAGCUUAUUAGUCCUAUUAUGAAGCUUGCCAAUGAAGAACCCUCAUUUAAUUAAAUUAAAUUUGUAUUUGAAUUGAUUUGAUUUUAUGUAUAUAGCUUAUUCAAUUUGUCGUAAUAUUUAUUUGCAUUCUUAUUAUAUUGUACUCAUUCAAACACAUUUUAUUUUAUUAACAUACUUUAUUCACACACUAAUUUUCUGCUAUACCAUUGUUGGGUGCAAACCUUUAUACAGAUUAUAAAUAAAUAAAUAAAUAGUGCAGUUUAAUCUAAACUAAUAGCUGUACUUGUUGUAAAAUAUGGUGACAUUUCUGUCUCCAGGUUACAUUCCAAGGUUACUGGCUCUCCACUCGAGGCUGAAUUGUUUAAAGGCAUGAAUGUGUCUGUUAUCCAAACCAGACAGUUAAAUAACUACUCAAUCAAUAUUAGUGGUCCUGUUGAGAUGAAGAAGAAAGUUAUACAAAUUUUAAAAAAAAAAAACUUGGCUUAAAGGGAAUACAUCAAAAGUUAAUCCUAGUUUACCCAGGCAAAAAUCCUGAAAGAAUUACCUAUUCCUCAGCUUCAAAACACUAGGUUCUAUAUGCAAUGUUUAAUUAACACUUGGUAAUAUUGUAAAUAGUAAGUUAUAUAAAUGGUCUGUAUAAAUCUAGUGUUAAGAUAUAUACGUGUUCUCGCAAAAAACUAGUUCAUUUUGGUUCAUAUCAAAACUGUCUUGGUCUUACCAAACAUACUGCUAUGAAACACAAUGUAGUAGAUUUUAAUUUUUUUUUCAUUAGCUUAUGUGAAACAUGGCUUAUAGAUUAUAUUUCUUCUAAUGAAUUAGGUUUAUUUAAUUAUAAGGAUUUUAGAUGUGAGAGGUCCAGUGUAAAUAGUGAUAAUAUAAGGGGGGGGCGUCCUCAUUGCUGUUUAUAAUGAUGUCUCAUCGCAAUCUUAAAAUAUUAAAAUUUGUGUGACUUUAAACAACUUUUUGUUAAGAUUGAUUAUAAUUCACUAACUUUUACCUUAUGCACAGUUUGGUUUCUUCAGAAAUCUUCCGUUUAUUCCUAUAUUUUUUUUUACUAUGAAUCUAGAAAAUUUUGCAAUAACCUACCCUGACUGUACGUUUACUGUCUCUGUUGAUUUUAAUCUAAAUAAUUCUGAAUAGAAUCAUUGCAUCUUUGAUUUUAAUAGAGUUGGUUACCUAAAAUAUGAAUAAUUACUAAUAUCAUACAAUAGGUAUGAUACUAAAAUCUCAUUAAAUGUGAAUGAUGUCACUAAUGCUUUAUAUUUGGUCUUCACUUUCGUGUUUAUAAUUCUGUGCCACGGGUUGAUUUCAAGAAUUCUUAAGUUUCCCCUAUAGUUUUCUAGUUACCUUAAGUUUUUAACCGUUCAAAAAAGGAAUGUGCGAGCCACUGUAAAGCUUUGUUGGUUUCUUUCAAAAUAUACAGUGGACGUCGCUUAUAAGACUCACUUUGGAACCAACACAAAGUGAGUCUUAUAACCGAAUGAAUCAUAUAGGCGAAGUUGGAAAAAAACAAAAUAUCUACAUAUUUAUGCAUUUUUUUAUGACAUAUUUUGUUUCGUUUUAAUCUACUUAAUUACAUACAUAUUAUAUAUUAUUUAUUAUUUAUUAGUGACUAAACGAAAAAAAUAUGAUUAAAAUAUUACAUACAUAUUAAUAAUAAAUUAUAAAUGAUGUAUUUACGUACUUAUUAUUUAAGGAAAAAAAUUUGUAAUUUUGAUUUAUUUUGUUUGUUCUAAUAUUCCAGAAAUAUACUGUUCAUACUCAUAUUGUAUAUUAAAAUUAUUACCUCUGUGAUGAACAGUUUUCCUUAACACUUCUAGAGCCUCUAGAACCUCCUUGAUCACAAGGCUAAAUAAGUGAUGUGGUAUUAGCCGGUAAAAAAACCAAUUUUAUAUUCUUCACAUUUAAACUUAUAUUAUGUAGUUGUCUACCGAAAGUAAAAUUUUUGUGCUUAGUUCGUUAUUUGACUUGAUCAACCAUUGGCUAAAAAUGUCUUGGGUCAUCCAUGCAUUUUGAUUUGCUAAAUAAUCCACAGGUAAAGUUUUAACUCUUUAGAAACAACAAGGCUACUUACCCUUUCCAACAACGAGCAGUUUCUUUUUUUCUCCCAUCAUACUGGCACAACACAUUAGUGUCAUCCUUUCUUUACAAGUUUUUGUUCCUUUUGCUUUGUCAUUUUUCAGAACAUACGUAUGUUCUGGUAGCACUCUUAAGUAUAAACCAGUUUCAUUAAUCGAAAGUUAACCUAUCUAAGGGUCUGUUUGAGAGGGGUAUUGGCUAUAGUUGGCCGAUUUUCCAUUUAAUUUUUUAUUUAUUUGGCAAUUGUUGCAUGAUUUGAUAUAUUGAGCUGUGUCUUUAAUCAAUGUGGGCCAAUAGUAUUUAUUUCGUAUUUUGUGAAUGGUGCGUGAUAAUCCAGUAUGACCUCCAUUGGGAGAUUUAUGAUAUGAUUUUAAUAUUUUGUUUAUGAGCGAUUGCGGAAUUACUAGUGGAUGAUUGAUAUUGUUUGGGGAUUUAAAUUGUUUGAAAUGUAAUGUGCCAUUUAUGAUUAUGAAUUUUCUCGAUUUUCUAUGAAUGUUUAUUGGGAUUUGUUCAAUUUGAAUGUUAACGAUUGCUUUUAUAAUUUGAGAACAGAAUUGUUCGUUAUCUUGUUAAUUUUUUAUAUCCGUUAAGUCAAUGGUCAAAUUAUCAUUGUCAUUUUUAAUAUAAAUUUUAUUGAUGGGAUUUCUAAAAAGAGCGUCAGCAACUCUAUUUUCUUUUCCUUUUUUAUAAAUAUCAAAAUUGAAAUCUAAUAGCUUAAGAGUUAGUCGAGCUAUUCUGACCGAUGGUAUUUUUAAAUUCGCAUAGUAUUGUAGACUGAUGUUAUCAUAAAAAGACAGUAAAGUGCCUUCUUCAUAAAUAUUCUCGAAAAUACGUAAUGCCAAAACAUAGUCCUAAUAGUUCUAAUGUUGUGGAUGAGUAUGUUGUUUAAUAACUUCCUAGAAGCAUACCUAAUUGGAUGUAGUAUGUUUUUGUCAUUGCAUUGUUUAAGGCAAGUGCCUACACCUAAUAAUGAAGCGUCUAUAGUUAGGUAAACUUCCCUUUCGUCAUUGAAAUGGUUUAGUACUGGUUUAGAAAUUAAAAUGUGUUUUAACUGAUUAAAGGAUUGUUCAUGUUCAUCGUUCCACACCAAACCGCUAUUCUACCUUAUCCAUCAAAGAAUCUAACGUUGAUGACGUAUUCACUGACCCGAACCAGGAGCAACUAGAUACCACCCAUAAUACACCAAAGAGUAUUCUACCCCCACCCAUAUUUGUUAAAGGUGUCAUAGACUACAUAGGACUACGGAACAGUAUUAUCGAAAUCAUCGGACUAGACUCUUUCUCUAGCAAAUCCACUUCGCCUCAUCUCAAAAUUCAAACCGACACUCCAGACAACUACAGGAACCUAAUCAGCUUUCUAAAAAACAUUGAAGCCCAGUUUCAUACCUAUCAACCACAAUCUUAUAAAGCUCUAAGAAUUGUUAUCAGGAACUUACAUCCAUCUACCCUAACAGCUAACAUUGCCUCAGCACUUAAAUACAUAGGCUACACUAUAAAAAACGUCACCAAUGUUAUACACCAACAAACAAAAAUGUAUCUACCUCUCUUUGUCAACAUCGACCUUAAUGGAAAUAACAGCAACAUCUUUGAUAUCUCCUCCCUCUUACACACCAAAGUCAAAAUUGAAGAAACCCCUAAAAAAAGACUAAUCCCACAGUGUCAAAACUGCCAAAACUAUGGCCAUACACGCACAUACUGUGUACAUCGACCCAUGUGUGUAAAAUGUGGGAGCAACCACUCCUCUUCUACCUGCACAUCAUCUGACCUACCAGCUAAAUGUGCCCUCAAUGGACCUCACCCAGCCAACUAUAAAGGUUGCACUAUCUACAAACAAUUAAGCCGAAAACACAACUUCUCAAGCAAUAAAAUUCAGCAGCUUCCGCCACCAAAUCCAAGUCACAACCCCAAACACCGCCAUCAACAACUUGCAACGGAAAACUCCAAUAAUCCACAUUCGUAUGCCAAUGUAACUGAGAAUCUCCCUCCUCCUAACCCAAAUCCCUCUUCGACAACCAAUAACGAAAUAUGA